AUGAAAAUAAUCUUAACACUAAUUCUCAUCUACAGAAAUGCUAUAAAUGGAUAUCUAGUAGCUUGUAAUACUUUAUCCUAGAUUAAUUGUUAAAAUUCAGGCUAUUGUUAAUGGAUAUCAAGUUCAUGUAGAUCACUUGAAUGCCAUAAAGUAACAGAAGUGAGAGCAUGUUCUGGAAAAUUAUUAGGAAACUUAUAUUAGAAAUAACUUUGUAAAGUUGCUCAAAAUGUUGAUCCAAAAUUUUUGAACUUAUGCAUUGGAUAUAAGUAGGAUACAAUAAAAUGGGGAUAUUUAGUAUACCCAUAAGACAAUACUCAAAAAUCUACUUAUGUAGCAUCUAGUGGCUAAUUAAUUAGUUUAAUAGCCACAAAAAAGUAUCCAGGAUAAUUCAAAUCAGAAAUAUUGACAUUAAAUAUAUUGAAAGCAUAAGCAAAUGAUCUCAUAAAUAUUAUGUAUGGAUAUCUAUAAUAAACAAAUGAAUUAUGUGAUAGAGAAAUACCUAUAUCAUUUUUAGAGAAAGCAAUUUAUGAAAGCAUGUAAUAAAUAAGAGAUGAUGAAACUAUCACAUUUACUUCAAGUAUACCAACAAAAACUGAUUAUUAUUUGGCUUUAUGGGGAAUGACUGAUGCAUUCUUUUUAAAAUUAAGAUCAUAAAAAAUUAGUUAAUAUAUUUCUUAUAAAUAUUUGAUAAAUUUUGGAUUUGCUAAUUUGAAGAUGGAGAAAUUAUGUUUAGAUACACAAUUUGAAGUAUUUGAGUUAACUUGGCAAUAUUAAUAAUCUGGAUAUAUUGAGGUAUUGGUUAUGCCUGGUGAAUAAUUUGGAUUUGAUUUAAUACAUUCUAAUGUUAUUAUAAUAAGGAUAUCAGAUUUAAAUGGUCAAAAUAUGAGUAAUUAAAUCUAAUUAAAAUGGAUUCAUCAAUCCUAAAAAAUAUUUACUUCUAAAUAGAUCAUUCAAAUAGAUAUAACUAAAAUGUCUAUUAUAAAUAAUAUUAGUGGAACUUGUUCAUAAUUAAGUUGUGAUGCAUCAUUAAUUUUGAAUGAAAGAAAAGCAUAUAUAAUUGGUGAUUCAACAAUCAAAAAUUGUGUAGGAAGAUCUUAAUCAGCAUGUAGACUUGGUGAAUGUACUUGGAAUGAUUCUACAGGUAUUUGUUCAUGAAAAUAGAUAUAGAAAUUUAUUAUUAAAUAUAAUUUAUAUAAUUAUUUAGAUGAUGCAAUUCAUUAUAUUAAGUUUGUCCUUAGUACAAAUAAUCAAUGCAGCCUUCGCUCUAAUAGAUUGCGCCUCAUUAACUAAUGCAACUCUUUGCAUGUAGUCAGGAAAUUGUCAGGUAAGCAGCUUUGCAGCUACAAUUACUUGUUAACCCAUUACAGAUUGUUAUAGAGUUAGUGAAGUUUAAGCUUGCUUAUUAACUCCAGCAGCAAACUCAAUAGCUGGUUGUAAAGCUUUGAACAUAGACUAUAAAUAUGAAAAUGUUUGUGUAAAAACAACAGAAAACAGUGUUCCAAAUGGACUCCUUAGAUUUAGAAGAUAAGCAAAUAUAACCAGAUCACCAGAUAUAACAUUAUCAGAAACUCCAGUUUCAGUAUUGACAACAACAACUACUCCAUAAAAAUACACUUAUUAAUUAUUUACAUUAGAUAUUCUUCUAGCAUCUCCUACUUAAUUGGCUGCUAUUUUAGAUGCAUUCAAUCAUGGAAUUAAUUAAUUGAUUACAGAUGCAGUAUAACCAAAAUUUUUGGAAAAGGCUGUCAUUGAAACUUUUUAAAAUAUUAGAGUAUAAAUAUUGUUAUUAAAUUUAGGAUGAUGUGACAUAUACACAAGUUACAAGAUCUACUUAAUUAGGGAAGGCUUGGGAUUUAGUUAAUAUUCUAUUCUAAAGGUAUUAAAACUAUAAAGCAUAUUAUGUUUAAAACUAUGAUUUUAUAAAUUUUGGAUUUUCAGAUUUAAAUAGAUAAAAACUUGUAAUAACAACAAAGACCUAUGAAAUUGAAUUAACAUGGGCAACUUAUGCUAACAAUGGAUAUAUAUAUGUUAUGACAUUGGCUCCAGAAUAAUUUGGGAUAAUUAGUAUCAAACAAUUAUCUGAUUUAAUUUGGAUUAAAAUAGUAAAAGAUGAUGGUACAACUUAAGACCUUACAGCUGUUCCUGUAUUUAUUAAAUAUACCUGGGUCUAUACUGCAACCUAAUACUCUGCUGUCUAUAUUCAAACAUUCGACAAACUAUUUUCAUCAGCCUUUGCACCAGCUGCAAAUACACCAGUUUCAGUAACCUGUUUUUAUCCAACUACAUCAACGACUUACUGCCCUUCAUUUGCUGUUCCAGUUGCAGCAUUAGAUUAAUUAAUGAUAUUUCAUCAUGAUACAAUUCAAGAUUGCACAGCCCUUACAGGAAAUUAACCAUAUUUUAGAUUAGCAAGAUGUUGAU